AUGUCUUCGACGCUCAUCAAAAUAUUAGCAGUUUCAAUCGGCAUCUAUUUUGUCUGGAGAGUCCUCAACUCCGGUAGUCACCUACCCAAGGGUCUUCCUAUUGUUGGCGCCAAAGAGGGUGACUGGUUUCCCUAUUGGCAGGCAUUGUGGCGCAACUCAUUCGAUGUCAAAACAGCCACCCUGAAAGCCUACAGGGAUCAUAAAGGCCAGGCAGCCAUUCUCCCAGUCGCCGGCCCUGGAGGACAGACUUUCGUGUUGCUUCCGGCAUCCGAAACCAAGUCGGUGACAGAACAGCCUGAAACGGUCCUGAACCUACGAGAGGUCAUUGUUGAAGGGCUUCUCUAUCGUUAUACUGUAUCCGACAACUUUCUCAUCUCUCAUCCAGUACACAAGAAACUCAUCACAACGACAUUGACGAAUCAAAUUGCCAAUAUCCUGCCAGAUCUCGCCGAGGAGACAAGGUGGAGCUUUGAGCAUUACUGGGGCACCAAUACGGACUCAUUUCGGGAUGUGACAAUAUGGGAGAGUAUGGGCCGAAUUGUGGGUAGCGCAACAAAUCGCGCCUUUGUUGGACUCCCAUACUGUCGCGACCCAGCGCUGCUCGACGCCGGUUUUGGCUUUGCACAAGCAGUGCCGUUGAGUGCGCGGCUCUUGAGCUUCGUAUGGAAGCCAUUACGCUUUCUGGCUUCGCCGUUACUCACACUCCCUUGUCGUCUGUACGAGUAUCGAUUUGCUCGGAUACUCUUCCCCGAAAUUGAUCGUCGAAUGCGAGAAAUGGUUGAUUCAUCAUCACCUCCUUCGUCUUCUAGGCUAGAUCCCAAGAUUCCAGAAAAGAAUGACUUCUUACAGUGGAGCAUAAAGCAAGCAAUAGAUAGCGGUGACCCUCGGAUGUGGAAACCCAGGACAUUGGCAGGUCGCAUACUUCUCCUGAACUUGGUCUCUAUCCACACAUCCUCCCUGACUAUCACAAACGUCAUCUUGGAUCUGGUGUCAUCCAAGCCUGAAGUUAUUGAAGAGCUCCGCGCCGAAAUCAAAACGAUCUUGACCGAGACCGGCGGCGCAUGGACAAAAGCUGCUUUUGUCAAGAUGGAGAAACUCGACUCUGUAUUUCGCGAAAGCGCCCGUCUCAACACGUUGGUUGCCAUCGGUCUUCGUCGCAAGGUCGUAGCCAAGGAAGGAUUUACCAGCUCAGCCGGUGUUCACAUCCCAUGUGGCAAUUUCUGUGCUGUUCACAACGUAGGCGUUGUCCACGACGCAAGCGUGUUUCCAGAUCCGGAUACCUUCCAACCGUUUCGGUUUGUUGGAAUGCGUCGUGAUAUCGAGACCGAUAAUUCCAUAGAUGAUCAUUUGCAGCGUGCACGCCUUACAUUUGCCGCCACUGGCACUGAUUAUCUUGCGUUCGGAAAUGGCCGUCAGGCUUGUCCUGGUCGUUUCUUUGCUGCCAGUGAGCUGAAGAUGAUGUUAGCCUAUGCCCUCAUGUAUUACGAUCUCGAGAUGAUGGAAAAGAGACCUUCUGAGAGAUGGCUUGGUAUAUUGCGGAUUCCGGCGCCAGACGCCAAGAUUAGGAUUCGAAGACGAAAGGAGAGUAUCUGA